AAGCCAAAAAGGUUAGGAAAUUGAAAUUGGACAAAGCCGGUGGUAAAUGCUGGCUGUAUUUGGUUCUUUGUUUGUGAUUAUCUUUACUUCUGAUCUUGGAGAAAGUUUAUUUUACCAAUCACUGAGUACUUGAAAAUAAUUAUUGGCAUUAUGGAGCUCGAGGGGGCCAAUUUAAUUACACUCAGUGAUUAUUUGCAUCGCACACUCAGUCCAGAUGUAGACGUCAGAAGACCCGCCGAAAAAUUCUUGGAAUCAAUCGAAGGAAACCAGAAUUAUCCAGUUUUAUUAUUGCAUCUAGUUGAGAAACAGGACGUUGACUUGACAAUUAGGAUAGCUGGUGCAGUAGCCUUCAAAAACUACAUCAAACGAAAUUGGAAAAUUGAUGAAGAUGGAGUGGAUAAAAUUCACGGCCAAGAUCGUGAAGCAAUAAAAAAGUUAAUUGUAAACUUGAUGCUGCAUUCGCCAGAUUCGAUUCAAAAGCAACUUUCUGACGCAGUAUCAAUAAUCGGUCGUCAUGAUUUUCCAAACAAAUGGCCAGACCUCAUCGAUCAGAUGGUGGAAAAAUUCAACACAGGGGACUUCCAUAUUAUCAACGGAGUUCUUCACACAGCCCAUUCUCUCUUCAAACGUUAUCGUUACGAAUUCAAGAGUCAGACUCUCUGGGAGGAGAUCAAAUUUGUCCUCGAGAAAUUUGCCAAACCGUUGACCGAUCUCUUCUUGGCAACGAUGAAUCUUACUCAGGCUCAUGCUAAUAAUGUUGAAGCUCUCAAAGUAAUUUACAACUCCCUGACAAUUCUGAGCAAAGUAUUUUACUCAUUGAAUUUUCAAGAUUUGCCAGAAUUUUUUGAGGAUAAUAUGGAAAUUUGGAUGGUGAAUUUCCACACUCUGUUAACAACUGAUGUACCUCUCCUCAAAACUGAUGACGAUGAAGAGGCUGGUGUCAUCGAACAGUUGAAAUCACAGGUCUGCGACAAUAUCGUUCUCUAUGCUCAGAAGUAUGACGAGGAGUUCCAAAAUUAUGUGCCUAAAUUUCUCGAGGCUAUUUGGGGGCUUUUGAAUUGCACAGGUCAGCAACCAAAGUACGAUGCGCUUGUGUCCAACUCACUCCAAUUUUUGGUAACUGUUGCUGACAGAGAUCAGUACAGGCCGCUGUUUGAGGAGCCACAGAACCUCAGAAAUAUCUGCACGAAUCUCAUUACACCUAAUAUCGAGUUUAGAGAGUCUGAUAAUGAAUUGUUUGAGGAUAAUCCAGAGGAAUAUAUUAGAAGAGAUAUUGAAGGCAGCGAUGUUGACACUAGACGCAGAGCUGCUUGUGACCUUGUCAAGGUUCUGGCUAAAUAUUUUGGGGCUAAGGUUAUGGAGAUUUUUGGGGCUUUUAUCAUGGAACGUCUAGCAGAAUACGCAGCGAAACCUGCAGAAAACUGGCGCAAGAAAGACGCAGUAAUUUAUCUAGUAACAUCGAGUGCAAGUAAAGGACAAACACAGAAGCAUGGAGUGACUCAGAGCAAUGAAUUCGUGCCCUUACCUCAGUUCGCUUCCCAGCACAUACAGCCAGAGCUGGCGAGACCGAAUAUAAAUGAGUUUCCAGUUUUAAAAGCCGAUGCCAUAAAAUUCAUCAUGACUUUCAGAUCGAUUCUCCCACGAGAGCUAGUUGUGGGAAGUCUGCCUUACAUGAUCAGACACUUAACAGCCUCAAGUCAAGUGGUCCACAGUUACGCAGCCUGCGCUAUCGAAAAGAUCCUGGCGCUGAAAGGUCCUAAUAACGUUGCACUGGUGAAAGGUGAAGAGAUUGCUCCACUCGCUGCUGAUCUCCUGAAAGGCCUCUUCGCUCUCUUGGAACUCUCAGGAUCAGGAGAGAACGAGUACGCGAUGAAAGCUAUAAUGAGGAGCUUUGGAACUCUCAAAGAGAAUGUUGUACCUUUCUUGGGAGAUCUUCUACCGAAACUCACGGAGAAACUAUCAAUCGUCGCCAGGAACCCCAGCAGACCCAAUUUUAAUCACUACCUCUUCGAGACCCUCGGUCUCUCCAUCAGAAUUGUCUGCAAGACCAAUCCUGAAGCGGUUGUUUCCUUCGAGCAGGUGCUUUUUCCAAUUUUCCAGGGAAUUCUUCAGCAAGACGUUCAAGAGUUCAUGCCGUAUGUUUUCCAAAUUUUGGCACUGUUGCUGGAACUUCGCACUUCGCAGGAGGUACCUGAACCCUACAUGGCCCUCUUUCCUUGUCUCCUGGCUCCAGUUUUAUUCGAGAGGCAGGGAAACAUUCAUCCUCUCAAUCGACUUCUUCAAGCAUUUGUCAGUCAUGGAGCACAUCAGAUUAUUGCCCAGGAUAAGAUUAGCGGACUACUAGGGGUUUUCCAGAAGCUUAUUGCUUCCAAAGCGAACGAUCAUGAAGGCUUUUCACUUAUGCAAUCAAUUAUUGAACAUUUUCCUCCUAAUAUCCUGGAGCCAUUCAUGAAACAAAUAUUUGUGCUGCUAUUUCAAAGGCUCUCUUCCACUAAGACUACCAAAUUUGUAAAGGGACUUAUUGUCUUCUUUGCCUAUUAUAUUAUCAGGUAUGGAGCUUCGACUCUCAUCACGAUUAUCGAUCAAAUUCAAGUCCAAAUGUUUGGCAUGGUUUUGGAGAGGGUUAUCAUUGCUGACUUGCAGAAAGUUUCUGGGGAAAUUGAGAGGAAAGUUGCAGCUGUGGGGAUGUCCAAUCUACUUGUCGAUUGUCCAGCCAUGGUUGAGAAUCCGUAUCAUGUUUUUUAUCCAAAACUUUUGGCUACUUUAGUGGAGUUCUUUGAACUUCCACAGGAUGAGAGUAUUAUACCUGAGGAUUUGCUAAUGCCGGAGACUGAGGAUAACCCUGGUUACCAAGCGGCCUACAGUCAGCUGAUUUGUGCCAGGAAUCCGAGGAAAGAUCCCCUGGAGGCUAUUGGUGAUGUCCGAUUGCACUUGGCACAAGGACUCGGUCGACUAUCCCCCGGACAGCUUCCAAAUCUCCUUGGACAAAUUCCAGAGCCUAAUGCCAAUCAUCUGAGAACUUACUUACAAACUGCUGGAAUAAGUGUUGCAUAAUACGAAAUUAACGUUCGUCAAAAAUUGAAAUUGCACGUAAUGUCCCGUAAAUUCAAUAAUAUCGAACUGAACAAACUGUAAUGGAUUGAAACGGAAAUGGAAAAAAAGAAAACACAAUGUGAAAUUUGGCUGAUUUGUUUUUAAUACUGAAAAAUCGUUGAUUUUCCAUAAUGGUUAAGUAAAUAAAUUUCUUUACACUGAUCCCUGUCCACUGUUGUAAUGCUGAGCAUUAGGGGAACAUUGUAAUCCAUAGGAACCAAUUUCUGAAUAAGUUACUGAUUUUAAUACGACAUUUUGUCACUGAAAGAACGCAAUUAUUAGUCUUUUGGCAUGAUCAUUCUGUCUACGAUAAGGGAAUAAU